AUGGCUGAUCCUAGUCCUACUACGAAUUAUCACCAAUCUGAAGAAGCGACACUUAAUAUCUUCGCCUACAUGUUUGCUGGUCUAGCUAUGAUGCUUAAUAUUAGGCUUUCGUACAGUGCUGCUCCAUAUGCUCUGUUGCGGUUCAAGUUACCAGAAAACCUAUUCAGUGUCUUCGUUAGGACUACUUCAAGUGCUUUGGAACUUUGGUGUUUACCGAGUAUGCUGCUUGGUAACAUUAUGGAACAAGUCUAUAACCACACUCAAGAGAUUCAAAGAGUUCAUGCCACCGGAAUCAAUAAUUAUGAAGUAAAGACGAAGGCGGGAAAACUUAAAACCAAUGCUGGAGGUCAAUCUAAAAGUGAACUUGCCUCCACAAAGAAUACUGAUCUUGAUAAAAGUAAUAAUGCUCAAAAUAAACUCGAAGCUAAAGCCAAUGAACUGGCUCAGAAGGCCCUAGAACUUCACAAUGGAGCUAAUACACUAGAAGGGGCUGCUAGUAGUAGUCCACUUCUACCACUUAAAGGUGAUGCCAAACAACUUAAGACGGCAGCCAAGAAAGGUAGUACGGGUCUAUAUGAGAAAGCAGAAGCACUAGCUGCUAGAGCUGGUCAGGGUGGUGGUGCUACUGCGCGUGGUCAUGCCCACCGAGUCAUAGGCGCAUUUGACAAUGUUGAAAAACUGUACGAUAAACUAAUGGGUAAAGCCAAUGAAAGUAAGCUAACCAAUCAUCCCAAUGUCACCGCGGUUAUCAAGGCCUACCUUGAUGCUAAGAACACCUAUUACCAAAUGCUCAUCACCUACAGGAUCCAGCAGAAAGCAAUCAAAUUUCAUGAAGCGGCCGAAGCACUUCAGAAUGAGGCUGCUGGUGCUUCUGCUAAGGAACAGCCUGAUAAUACACUACUUAAAGCACUUCAUACUCAUGCCAAUGCUGAAUUGGAUGAUCUAGUUAAGAAAGCCGAAGCUCUUAAAGGUAUUAAUGCAGAUACGAUUGACGCUACCAUCGUAACAAAUUACCUAGCAGUGGAUGAAGCUUAUGGAACACUGAUGGAGAAAGUUAAAGAACAAAAGGCAGAAGAAGUUCCUCAGGUUAAAGGGGUCAAAGAAAAGUUUAUUUCCCUUGAAAAGUCAUAUGUAAAUGUACUUAGGCUUAGGGUUCAGGAACUAGCCAAAAAAUCAGAAGAACUUAAAGAGAAAGCCAAUGAACUAAAAACUCGUGUUGAUGAACUUAGACAACAAGCCACUUUACUAGCUAAUGCAGCCAGUCAAGAUGGUAGUGAUGGUCUCCAACAGAAAGCCCUAUUACUGGUACAAGCUAUCAAAACCGAUGGUGGUGAUGAUGGAUCUAAGGCCACAGAUGUCAUAAAACGAUUCGAAACUGUCACAAAAGCUUACAAUGAAAUAUCAAAACAACCUAAAUACCAACAAUUACUAGACAAGGCCAAUGAACAAGAAGCAAAAGGUACAUCACUACCAGAUGAUGAAGAACAAAAUGUCAAAGAUGUGUAUGAUGCCUACAAAGAUCUCAAGGCCGUAUAUGACGAGAUCCUAAAGUUUACCAAGAUCAAGUAUUACUCCGGUGAACUAUAUACUGCAGUCGACCGUAAUGCCUCGGAUGCCAUCAUCAAUUUCAAUGCAGUGGUUACUGUAUACAAGCUACUAGGUGAGACUGAGUACAUAGUUAAAACUGAUUUCGAAAAUCUUCAGGAAGAGUAUUCCAAUGCUAUAUAUUUUUAUAAGAAAUGUAUCAUUACAAUUCCCUCAAUGUUUACCAAUUGGUUAAACUUUCUUACAUUUGUAAUUCUGUUCAUAGUGUAUGUUACUGGUGGUGAUCAGGGUAGUGUUACUGGUUAUUAUUGGAUUAUGGCGGCUUCUGGCUUUGUAUUUGGAAUUAACAUGGUAUUGGUGUAUGCUGUAGAUUAUAGAUAUCUUCCAUAUUAUAUUGCUGGUGAAAAUUCAUUUCCUAUUGUAACCUCUGCAAUACUCUACUUUGCUACAUCUAUAUUUGGUAAUCGCAGGAAAUACAAUUCCGACUACCUUGUAGUUCUCAUAGAUAUUUCAAUCUCAAUAUUCAUUGCUCUUGUGGCAUCUGUGUUAUGGACUGUGGCGUUCCACAAAUAUAGGGCUCCAAAGGCUUCUCCCGAUACACCCAACUGGCCUGUUAUCUCACCAGUACUGUUGGUCAUUGUAGGUAUGGGUCUUGUGUAUUCAAUUUAUCCUGGUAUCGCACCUGGUAUGAUUGUACCAUUCUAUCUCAUUGAUAAGAUUGAAAUGGUACUCCUGAUACUGACAACAUUCCCACCACUGAUAUUCGCAUUCACUACGAAGUAUGCUCCAAGUUGGUCUCCCAAAACCGAGUUCCUCCUACAUUCAUAUCUAUUUAAGUUCGGAGGAUGGACAAAAUACAACGCAGACAAACCCGAUAGCGGCUGGCCACCCCAAGAGGGUGCUGUUGUUUAUGGUUGGAUCUGGCAUUUCUUUGAUAUAUUGGCUCCACUUCAAAUCAUCCUAGCUGUUAUAUUUGUAUAUUCAAUUCACUAUAGAGAUUCCAGUAUUUCUAGAUCUAUUGUCAAUCAACCCAAAAUGUCUACAUUUCUAACCAUAAUAUUUUAUAUGUGUCAUGAGAUCAUGUUGGCAACUGGUUUUCCAGGAUUGGUGUGUAAUGGUGGAGUUACACACGUUCUGCUUCCAACCCAGUGGAUUGGUGCCCUACUAAUGGUAUUAUUAGCCUUCUAUAGCAUAGGUUAUAUAACAGAAUAUAAGAGGCACGACCCUUCCGAAUGGCCUACAGACGGAAUGACAAAGUGGAAUGCCUUGUGUUACUGGUUAAAGAUGGCGAGCAAAAUUACCAACAAAAAUUUCAAACAAUUGUUUACAACUGAUUUAGGUAGAAAUUUACUUAUAUUCAUUUUUUAUAAAGUUAUAUAG